UUCCUUAUCUUUCUUGGUAUCAUAACUUGUCAUACCAACAAAAGGAAAAAAAAAAUGGGAAAUUUUCAUUGGAAUUAUGCAGCGCUCAUCUUUGUGUUGAUGCCUUGUUUCUUUGCACUGGAGACGAUAGCAUCAACAACGGAAGCUGAAGCUCUUCUGAAAUGGAAGAGCGGGCUGUCAGUGUGUGAUGACGGGUUCUCUUUUCCACUCAAUUCAUGGUCACUAUCCAACCUAGGAAACCUUUGUAAUUGGAGGGGCAUUGUCUGCAAUGGUGGUGGAGCUGUCUCGGAGAUCAAUCUUCCUAAUGUUGAUCUCUGUGGUACUCUUCACCACCUCAAUUUCACUUCUUUUCCUAGCCUCACUGGUUUCAACAUCAGUGAAAACUUAUUCAAUGGAUCAAUCCCUCCUGCCAUCGGUGAUUUAUCCAACUUGGUCUUCUUGGACUUGAGCUACAAUUGGUUUCAUGGAAACAUACCGCCACAGAUUGGGAACUUGACGGAGCUUCAGCACCUCAACCUUAAUAGAAACAUGUUCAUUAGUGGAGUUAUUCCUCAUCAGAUUGGGAACUUGAGAGAGCUUCAGUACCUGGACCUUAGUGGCAACGAUAUGAGGGGAGUUAUUCCUCAUCAGAUUGGGAACUUGAGAGAGCUUCAGUACCUGGACCUUAGUGGCAACGAUAUGAGGGGAGUUAUUCCUCAUCAGAUUGGGAACUUGAGAGAGCUUCAGUACCUGGACCUUAGUGGCAACGAUAUGAGGGGAGUUAUUCCUCAUCAGAUUGGGAACUUGAGAGAGCUUCAGUACCUGGACCUUAGUGGCAACGAUAUGAGGGGAGUUAUUCCUCAUCAGAUUGGAAACCUUCAAAAGGUAUGGUUCCUAGACUUUGGGAAUAAUAAUCUGUUUUUAGAUGCUUCUGAUGACUGGUUGUCUAAAGUUAAGAGUUUUCCUAUGCUGAGACAUUUCAGUUUGGCCGGGAUUACAUUGAUAUCGUUCCCUGAUUUCAUACUAUGUUUUCGCAACCUAACUUAUCUUGAUUUGAGUGCAACCGGUUUGAAUGGAUCAAUUCCUGAGUCAUUGUUCACCAACUUGGAGAAGCUUGAGCAUCUCGAUCUUUCUUACAAUGAAUUUUCCGAGCCUUUAUCACCUAACAUUAACAAUCUGUCUAGCCUCAAACAUCUUCUAUUGUCACACAAUCAAUUCCAAGGUGAAAUCCUAUAUUCUAUAGGCCAACUCAAAAAUCUUCAAGUCUUGCACAUUAGCCAUAAUCUCUUGAAUUCAACUAUUCCUUCAUCACUGUCUUCUUUGACCAAAUUGUCUAAUCUGGACUUAUCAAGUAAUUUUAUUCCCGGUAAUAUUUCACCCCAUCUCAUCUCCAAUUGGACCAAGCUAACAACUUUGGAUCUUGGAGACAAUUCCUUCAAUGGCAGUAUUCCAUCUGAAAUUGGUUUGCUCACAAAUCUUGUAUACCUUUCCUUGAAAGAGAACAAGAUUCCAGGCACUAUUCCACCAGAAAUAGGAAACUUACAGAGUUUGACUUUCUUAGAUUUGUCUAAAAAUAGUCUUUUUGGUCCAAUACCUAAAACAAUUGGAAACCUCACAAGUCUCAUUCAUCUAAAUCUUUCCACCAAUAAUCUUUUUGGAAUGCUUCCACCUCAAAUUGGAAACUUGCAAAAUUUGGAUAUUUUAUGGUUGUCAGAAAACCAACUCUAUGCUCCAAUACCUCACACAAUUGGAAACCUCACACGCCUCAGUACUCUAGAGCUUUUCUCCAACAAUCUCAACGGAUCACUUCCACCUUGCAUAGGAAAGUUGAAACAUUUGAUUGAAAUAGACCUGUCAAAAAACAAUUUCUCCGGUCUAAUACCUCAGACAAUUGGGAACCUCUCAUACCUCCAAGUUCUAAUCGUUUCUAGUAAUAGACUCACCGGAACACUUCUACCUAAGGGUGGAAAUUUAACAUCAAUGCAUUUGUCUCCAACCAUUUGCAAUUUAGGUUCUCUCCUAAUUUUGGAUUUAGCCAACAAUUUGUUACUUGGGUUAAUUCCCCAAUGUUUGGUUAACACCAAUGAAGAUCUUGUUGUGUUGGACUUGCACCAGAAUCAAUUUCACGGUUCAAUUCCAACAAUUUUUAAGGCAAAUUCUUUGUUGACACUUAAUUUGCGUGAUAACCAAUUGGAGGGAAAUUUACCGCAAUCUUUAAUCAAUUGUAAAGUGUUAGAAGUUCUUGAUCUUGGACACAACAACUUGAAUGGUACAUUUCCAAUGUGGGGAUUUGCCUACAUGGUUUUUCAAGUAUUUUAA